GAAGAAAAAAAGAAAACUGUUGUUGAUACUUUUCCUCCAGACUCACAGGUGGCGCUGUCGCUAUGCCACAGCAUUGACUUAUGCUGGCUAGCAGUUCGGCUAACUGAUAGCUGGCUGUUGGAACUCCUCCGGCGCUCAGCGGAGUUCCGCCUCGGUGUCACUGAUAGACAAACGCUUUGGUUCCCACGUCCACUGUCUAUCCGUCCGGGAUGUCUGUCCUGGAGAAGUCCCCGACCCCCGGCAGGCUGUUGCUGGACGACACGUUGCCGCUGAUGGCGUUGAUCGAAGCCAGCCAGAACCUUCAGUCCCACACGGAGUACAUCAUCAGAGUCCAGAGGGGCGUGUCUUCAGACAACAGCUGGCAGAUUAUUCGCCGCUACAGCGACUUCGACAUCCUGAACAGCAGCCUGAUGGUGUGUGGAAUCAGUCUGCCGCUCCCUCCAAAGAAACUGAUCGGAAACAUGGACAGAGAGUUCAUCGCAGAGAGGCAGAGGGGACUGCAGGCCUACCUGGACUCCAUUACCCAGCAUCCCCUGAUCUGCACUUCUCUGUUUGUCAAGAAGUUCCUCGACCCCAACAACUACUCAGCCAACUACACAGAAAUUGCUCUGCAGCAAGUCUCCAUGUUCUUCAGGUCAGACCCAAAGUGGGAGGUCCUGGAGCCCCUCAAAGAUAUGGGAUGGAGAAUAAGGAAGAAAUAUUUCCUGAUCAAAAAUAAGGAGCAGCCUAAAGAGCACUUCCUGCUGAGCUGGGUGGAUCUGGGUCCUGAUAAGUUCCUCUCAGACAAAGACCUGCAGUCGGCGCUGAAGCUGCUCUCCAACCCGUCUACGCCGUAUCUGAGUCCGCUGCUGUUCUCCAGCACCAGCGAGUCUUCAGCUCUGCUCAUCCGGCCCUUCAGUGAAAGAGGCUCCCUGAGGGACCAGAUCUGCAAGGUGAAACCCAGAGAGAGUCACCUGAAGAAGUACUGCAACCCCAAGAAGAGCCAGAGCCUGGAGCUGGAGCAGAUCCAGCUGUUCGGCCGUCAGAUUCUGGAGAGCCUGAAGCUUCUCCACGACAGCGGCCUGUUCUUCGGCCAUCUGCACGCCUCCAACGUCAUGGUGGACGACGGCGUGUGUCGGCUGGUGGAUGUGGAGAACGGCAUUCUGGGAGUUCCCUCUGUCCUGAGGCCGGCCUUCACGCAGCUGAGGAAGAUCAACACCACAGAAAGCAUCGACGUGUUCUGCUUCGGGCAUUUACUCUACGAGAUGACGUACGGCCGGCCGCCGGACAGCGUCCCGCUGGACCAGUUCCCGUCCGCCCCCCACGCCGCCGUGGUGUCGGUUCUGCAGUCCAUCCUGUCCACAGACGCCUGCAAGAGCGGCAUGCCGACGGUGCCGGCGCUCAUCCAGACUCCGCUCUUCAGUGACGUCAAGCUCAAACACUCAGAAAAACUACAGAUAAAGAUUCCCAGCCGCCUGAAGGAGGCGCUGAAGUCGGCAAAGGGAAGUUUGGAGAAGCGGCUGCAUGAAGAGCAGAGGAUGCUGCAUCAGCACCGGCGGCUGACCCGAGCUCAGUCUCACUACGGCUCCGAAGAGGAGAAGAAGAGGAGGAAGAUCCUGGCGAGAAAGAAAUGCAGACAGUCGACGUGUGAGAACGAAGAGGACGUCUCUGUCCGAAACAACAACAACUCUGGUUCAGGAGCCAGUUCACCUCCCACCUGUCCUUCUUCCCCCGCCCCUCCUCUCGCUACAGGGUCGACUCCUCCUCCAGCUCCUCCUCCAGCUCCUCCUCUGGCUCCUCCUCCAGCUCCUCCUUUGGCUCCGCCCCCAGCCACAGCAUCGGACUCUCCCUCCUCUCCUCCUCCUCCGGGUCGGGCCGCGCUGCUCAGCUCCAUCCAGACCUUCAGCAAAGGCAAGCUGAAGAAGGCCGACACUGCGGACCGCAGCACGCCACGGUUCUGACCCGAACAGUUGCCGCGGCGACCGGCCGUCAGCACUGUGCUCGCUCUGUCCCAGAGAUGUGAAAACAAUCACUAAGAGAAAAAAAAUCCAAGUUCCUUUGAUCUGUUCCUGCUUCUGAUGCCUUUUAAUGGUUUUAGUCUGUUGGAGCGAGGAAACGGGUCAGAACUGCACAAUAUCCAGCAGCCGUCGAUCUUUGGCGCUUUUUUGUUUUUAAAAGAGAGAGACAUCUGGAUGUUGUUGGGACUUUUCUUUCAGCAAACCAGAGUCCAGUAGCAAUCAAAAAAACGUCCAGGAAGCUGCCAAUUCUUCAUUUACUUUUUUUUUUUUUUUUUUUUUUUUUUUGCACAUUAGGAAAAACCGAAAGGAGUAAAUUCCUCCCAAAUGUUUUCUAUAAUUUAGAACAAAAGGUCCAAUCUUAGAGUAUUAACUUAUUAAUGAAGUUGUGACUUUAGGAGAAAUAAAGUGAAUAUUUUAUGUGUUGAAUGUCCAAAUUCAGACAGAUGGAUGUCUUCCAGCCGAUGCUGGACUAAAACGACAGAAACAAUCAACAGUAGACAUGGUUCUCCCUCCAUACAGCCGAUCUGCUCUGAAGUUUACCCUCAGCUGUGUCUGUCAGGCUUAGUUAACCCUCAGCAGUGUCUGUCAGGCUUAUUUAACCCUCAGCUGUGUCUGUCAGGCUUAGUUAACCCUCAGCAGUGUCUGCCAGGUGCAGCAGGUUGGAUAGAUGAAACCUGACAGGAUGUUCAUUGUGUCCAACAGUUGUAGAAUGUUAAUUUCAGAGUCCAGAAGUCGUUUUUCAUGCAUUUUUGUUAAAAUGUUUUAUUGUUUUUGUGCCAUAUGGAUUACAUCGUGCCGAUGGAGAUCUUGAAUGUUUUUGGGGUUUUUUUAUUGCAUGUGACAGUUUCAUACAUAGAGGACUUUAUAUUCAACUCCUGUGGUGAUGACGACGGCCACGUUGGAGACAGGUUUUUUGUUUGAAAUCAAACCAAGUUCUUGCUAGAAUCCUAAAUGAUUUAUUUUGGAUCAGUGCAAUCCGGGCUGGUCCAGAACCGUCUUUAAAUGAUCUCAGAAUGAUCUCUGUGCAGCACUUUAGAGGUUCGGUCCAGAUGACUGUUUUUAUUCACAGAGGCAGCAUUGAACUGCAUACUCUAAGAAGUUUACUGGAUUUGCAGUUGAUUUUUUUUUUUUCCUUUUCUUUUUUGAGUAAUUACGUUAAAAAAAUUGCUUCAUAUGAAUGAAAACUCGCCUAAAAAACGGUUCAGGGAAACAAUGAGUCGUGUAUUGCACAUGCUUGUAUUUGAUUGCACCAUUUAAUGGGGUGAAUUUAAAAUGCUUAAAUAAAAACAGAUUUCUUUACAAUA